GAAUCUAUGGCAGAAUUUUCCCAAACAACACUUUUGGGGCUGCUCUUAUCGGUUAGCGGUUAGCAAGCUCUGGCUUCAUAAAUAACUAAUCAAAUGAUAGUACAGUUAGGGUUGGCCUCACUCUUGAACUGACAGUUUUAUGCUACAAAAUGGAAUACCUGCUUCAGGUGAAAAUAGGCGCUCUGAUCGGUUUAUUGCUCUUAACUCUUCUUUUUGGAUUUAUCCCUGCUCGAGUCAAAUGGUUCAGAGACACAAACGGGUCAGAAAUCCACCGCACAGUUCUGAGUCUGAUCAGCUGUUUUGCCGGAGGGGUUUUCCUGGCAGCAUGUCUGCUCGACAUUAUUCCAGAUUAUCUGUCAGACAUCAACACUGAGCUGGAAGCUCGGAAGGUGGAGAUCAGUUUCCCCGUUCCAGAGUUCAUCAUGGCUGCCGGCUUCUUCAUGGUCCUCAUACUGGAGAGGAUUGUCCUGAACUGUCGGGAGAUGAGAGGGGCUCAGGAGGAGAGGGCACCCCUUAUACCGGACAACAACAGGCAUGGACACAGCCAUGGAACAGGUCCAGAUCUGGAGAGCAGCGGCCACCACGUCCAUGUUGACUUUCAGGCUCACUCCCCCUUUCGCUCCUUCAUGCUCUUCCUCUCUCUCUCGCUCCACUCGGUUUUUGAAGGUCUUGCUAUCGGCCUGCAGAGCACGGACUCAAAGGUAUUAGAGAUCUGCAUCGCUAUACUUGUCCACAAGAGCAUCAUAGUGUUCAGCCUGUCUGUGAAGCUGGUCCAGAGCGCAGUUCGUCCAUUAUGGGUGGCUGCUUACAUCGGAGUGUUCGCCAUGAUGUCGCCUAUAGGAAUCGGCAUUGGCAUCAGUGUGAUGGAGGCUCAUCUAGCGGCUGGAGCACUCAUCCAGGCCAUCCUGGAGGGGCUUGCCGCAGGGACGUUUAUUUACAUCACCUUUCUAGAGAUCCUCCCACAUGAGCUCAACUCCCCCGGGAAGCAGCUUCUCAAGGUGCUCUUCAUCCUGCUGGGCUUCAGCGUCAUGGCAUCUCUGACAUUUCUGGGCUGAGACUGAGAACAGACUGUAUUUCAGCUGUCAGUAUGUGACCUGGACACUUUGUGGCAACUUCUGCAGCUCACACAAACGUGUGUACAGAAAGACAAACUGUCUUUAUUAGAAAAGAAGACGUAGGUUUACAACCGCCCACCUCUGGAGUUUUUAAUGUCAAACGGAGCAACAGAUGUUGGUGUGUUUUAUUGCUUACAAUAUACUUUUAAAACCAUUUUUGUAUAUAUCAUUUCUUUUUAAGAGGAUUUUAUGUAAAGAGGAACCACUCACUGCAAUGAUACGUUUGUUGAAAGACUAAGAGAAGCACAGUGGAAAUAAGUGGCAUAUCACUGAGUGCCCUCAUUUGUCACUGGCCAUGUUUUUCAAACAUGGUUUGGACCUGCAAACAAAACGGAGCAUCUGACCUUUGACACUGUUGAGGAAAUCACUGAAAACAAAGGGCCAUGUUGUAUGUAAAUGAUAACUUGUCAUUAAUUAAAUCAGUAUAUCAGUACCACCAGAUCUUUAAGGUUUACGUUUUAGAUGUAGUUUGCAGCAUCAGGCUGCUGUCACUUGUCAUUGCAAACUGGAAUAUCAACACUUCAUACAUUUUUCCAGUAAACUAGUGUAUAUGUAAACUGACUUCCUGAUGCCUUGAGAAUCUGUAUGCCAAAAUACUGUUUGCACUUUUCCAAUAAAGAAGCAGGGAUUACCUCCACAAAUGAGCAAGGCUAAAAUGUAAUCAGCUUUUAACAACACGCUAUUUAAAAAAAGCUGAUCCCUAUUAUUUACAUUAUGUUGACUCACUUAAGUCCAUUCUGUUUUGCCACUCUGCUGCUUUAUUAACUUUCUCAAUGUAGAGUGCUUUUAAUUCUCUAUUUUGAUUGGACAAAAAUGAAGCUUUAAAUAUCAGCACAAAGAGAAGUGCAAGAUAAAGAAUGAAUUCUGCAAACAGAUACCUAUGGUAUUUCACUAGAGUACAUGCUUGUAUUUGUGUCAAGAAAUUAACAUUGGGUACGUUAUUUCAGUGUUAGUAGAGUAAGUGAAAAACAACAUUUUAAAAACAGCGUAGCACGCGAACUCCAGCAUGUCUGUGCUUUCAGCCUGCUUACACUCAAAGUCAACAAGUAUAUUAAGUCAAAUUAUUGUAAACUGUAUUGUUUAGUCACACUUCCUGUUUUAGUCAUCUGGUAGUCAGAUGGUAGAACAAAGAGCAGGAAGUUGGACGAUAUUGAUUUAUCCACAUACAGCAAGAAAUAAGUUGUGUAAAUGCGAUCAAAUGUGUCAAGUCUCAAAUUUACUUUUUUUUCUCCAUUAGAAGUCAUCUGAUCAAGACUAAUGAAACUGUUCCCCAAAAGGAAAGCUACUCCUUGUUAAUGUGACUUUUGUCAGAAUACCAAGUGGUGCAUUAUAAUGUGUAAAAAAUAACUUGUUUGUACGGUUCAAAAACAUCAACUGUCUUUUUGUAAGCACCUAUGUUAUUUUGUGCCUUAUGAUUGUUAAUCUCAUGAGAAAAAACGAUUUUGGUGUCUGUUGUGUAAACUUGAUCAAAGUAAAGAUAAAAGAGGAAUUGUC